CUGGCGGUGGCCAUGUUUGCCUUACCAGCUGUCUAGAUGCGGGCUAGCUAACCGGUUAGCUGUCUGAGGUACAUUUGCCUCUUUCUCCGGGGUAAAAUAAAAGAGCAGCAGCCGUUCCUCUCCCGUUAACACCGGCUCUUCUGACGGUCGCCAUGCCGGUUCACUCCCGGGAGAAGAAAGAAAGUAACCACGAAGAAAUGGAGGUGGAUUUUCCCGAGCAGGACGGCAGCAGCACAGACGAGGAGGACACGGUUAGCUCGUCGGUGUCUGAAGAUGGAGACAGCUCGGAGAUGGAUGAUGAAGACUGUGAGAGGAGGAGGAUGGAGUGUCUGGAUGAGAUGACCACUCUGGAGAAACAGUUCACCGACCUGAAGGAGCAGUUGUAUAAGGAGCGCCUGAGCCAGGUGGACAUCAAGCUGCAGGAGGUCAUGGCUGGCUGCGCCCAGGAGUACCUGGAGCCUUUAGCCAACCUGCAGGAGAACAUGCAGAUCAGGACCAAAGUUGCUGGGAUCUACAGGGAGCUGUGUCUGGAGUCAGUGAAGAACAAGUAUGAGUGUGAGAUCCAGGCCGCCUGCCAACACUGGGAGAGUGAGAAGCUGCUGCUGUUUGACACUGUACAAAGUGAACUGGAGGAGAAGAUCAGGAGACUGGAGGAGGACAGACACAGUAUUGACAUUACCUCAGAGUUAUGGAAUGAUGGAUUACACUCACGGAAAAACAAGAAGAAAGACCCGUUCUGUCCUGUCAAGAAGAAGAAGCCUGUUGUUGUCUCUGGGCCUUAUAUUGUUUACAUGCUGCAGGAUCUGGAUAUUCUUGAAGACUGGACUGCGAUAAGAAAGGCGAUGGCUUCACUGGGGCCACACAGGGUGAAGGUGGAUGUCCCUGCAGUCAAGCCCGACAGACAUCACCAUGUGGCGCGCUUCGAGGACGGUCGACUUUUCUAUGACAACCAGUGGUACUGCAGGGGACAGGCCAUAUGCAUCAACAGGAAGGACGAGUACCCGACUAGUGCCAUCAUCACCACCAUCAACAACGACGAGGUGUGGUUCAAACGACUGGAUGGCACCAAGUCGAAGCUGUACAUCUCGCAGCUGCUGAAAGGCAAAUACACGAUCAAGCACUCAUAAAAACACACUUCAACACACACACAAAGACAAAGACCGUCAUCUCUGCUGUGUUUCUUUUUGUCUCCUCUCCAUUUCUCUCUACAAUCCUGCCAUAUGUACAGUCACACACACCUCACGCCACCUCCUCCGUGUGUAAGCAACAAAAAACAAAUAUCAGCUGACCCCUCUUGUCAAAGGAGACGAUCCUCUCUGUAAAUAUGUAUGUAUGUUGAUAUUACUGACAAGGUCACAAAGUGUCAUUUUCUCUGGAAUGGAGAGCAAUGCAAAGUGCUGCUAAAAAAACAAAACAACAAAGUGCGAGGAACUGGAGCGAACUUUGAACCGCGGAGCUCAGUCGCGUGCCUUUCUGAGACAAGACGAUGCCUCGGCUGAUGGGAUAAAAAAAAAAAACUGAACUCUUAAUAUCAAUGCAGUGAAGCCUUACUCUGUACAGUGUUAGCACUAGGAGGACUGAAGCGGGUCAAUGAAGGAGCGAGUGACAAACUCUGAUCCAGGUGAGGAUGCUGUCAGCAGUAUGUUUGAUUCGCCUCCCAGGACGCGCCGGUUAGACUUGAAUUUCAUGCUCCAUCGAGCCGAAUAAAUCUGUAUUAGGGUCCCCAGGGACCCCAGUUUGAGGAAAUGUUUCAUUUAGUUAGAAAAAAAUUGCACAAGUGUCAAUAUGGAGCUGCAGAGUGAUUAAUCAAUUUUGAGUAAAUGAUUAUAUUGUGAACAUAAUGAGAUGAAACUACCCCGGGGGAGUGUUGAAACCCACUCGGGGAGCCUCUCUGCUGAAUGAUCUCUUGAUGCUUUAGUGUGAUUUUCACAGCACUGUAUUUUAAGUUCAAGCCGAGGCUGCCCCACCCACACUAAGACAAACAUUACAACUGUAUUUUGAGGAUACAGUAAUGGGAGGUGGCCUGUAUAUAGAGAUGACUGUGUGUUUCGUCUUCACUGUGAUUCUUCCCUCCGUCUCUGAUCAUGUUGCCAUGUGUCUGAUAGUGCCUACUGUUAACGUAGAAGGCAGGACCCAGGCGUAAAGGGGAACUUUGGCAUUUUUAAACACAGACCCUAUUGUCUCAUGCCUUUGUGUUGAAGUGACUAAUGAGAAGAACAAUUUCUGAAACUGGUCCAGUAUUGAGUGACAGGGCUGCAGCUGGCAGCGGUGACACAGGCUGCAACAUAACCACUCGGGGUAUGUGUGCACCGUCAGUGUACGUCCAUUUAAAGUGCUUGUUUUUGCCACUGACAGGCUCUGCGGCGCGUCAUGAGACACGCUUCAAGUGCCGCCCCAUGUACACACUGGGCGCGUCCCACUGCAGCUUGUCAACAAAUAACCACAUAAAGUUAUUACUACUUUUACUGAAAGAUCUGCACUUCCUUCACCUCUGCGUUAGCUCAAAUCAUGUGCCAACAGCUUCUAAUUAAACUUAAUUUCUCACAUGUAGAGCCGAUCUCCAGAGCUGUGACUCACCUGGCAAUAUCUUCUUGGCAAUUGUCUUUACAAUGACGGGACUGUAGGUCGUUUAGUUCGGGAUAUUUCUCAACCUCAACAAGAAGUUUCUCCUUGUCCAUUCUUCAUCACAUACAAGACAGCAGCAGCUACAGAGUUCUUUUCAUACAUCUUUGGUGAAGAGAGGCGUGGAGCUGCCACAGGAGCUGAAAAAAAGAGCUGCUGCUGGAGCUAGAAUGUACAAGUGGAGAGCGAGUGGGGAAAUAAUGCGUUUCAUUCUGGUGGUGGUGAGGCUGAAAAUAGGACAGUGGUGUAAAGUGCCUCAGGGCAGCGUGUCCAGGAGUACUUUUUUGAUGCAUGGUGUUCACUGCUGGUGUGUUUCGGCCUUUGGUCUAUUUGCAUGUGCUACUACUUGGCAGCAGUUAAUGAGCAUUAGUAGUUUGCUUAUCCACAAAUGCCUGAGACGAAAAAUGAAGCCAAAAUAUCCAGGCUGUGGCCGCUACCAUGUUGUGCUGGUGACGUUAUUUGGAGCCAGAGACUGCGCAGUAGCUAACUCUGCCAGUUCCUGCCCAUACAUCCAUCCAACCAGUUGCGAGCAGCGCCAUUGUUAGCAAACAUCAAAAUACCAGUUAAAACCAUACUUAUUAGAAAAACAAACACUUGAUCAGACAUCAGUGUGAUAAGAACUACCUAAAACAGAAAAACCAUCUCUGGGAAGAAUUUAUUUGAUGUGUUCUUGGAGUUUUUAGUCUGGCCCAUGUCCCAUAAGCUAACAUGGAGGGGUGGAGUUUAUGAGGUAUACUGCAGCCAGCCACCAGGAGGUGAUCGAGAUGUUUUGGCUUCGCUUUUUGGGAGCUAUCAUGUCAUCCAUCUUCAUGUACAGUAAUUUUAUCAUCAUAAAACACACUUCAUUCAAGGUCAACAGAAACUGUCUUGGUUCCUCUUUCAACUGUUUCAACAAUCACCAACUCUGUUUUGCUUAAAAUUAACCUUUAAUUCACCAGUUAGAUGUGAAAACAUGCUGCCUCUAUGCAUGCUAAAAUCUCAUUUUAUUUAAAUGGAGUCUGGUUGGUGUGGUGAUGCCAAUAGUGGGGCUGUUUCUGGUUAAACAAAAAUGAUCUUACUCUUUAACACAAAGGUCUAUCUCUGUAGGGAUCCUUUCCAUAAUGUUGUCAGAUACUCAGAAUAAUAAUGUGAGCCUGUCAGUGACACUUAUAAUUGCCCUGAUUGGUAACACCGAAGUCUGUCUCGCUCAAUACUGGACCAGUUUCAGAAAUGGUUGAUCCCAUUAGACACAAAAACAUGAGAAAAUAUUUUCCAGGUUGAAAAAUACCUUUAAGUUUCUCUUUGCCACAGGUGUGGACAGCAUCUUUGUGGUGGGGGCCUCAUAACUGCCUCAAAUGUGUAGCUCAUUGUGCCAUUUUUACUUCUUUUUUUAUUUUUUUUUUGUCUUUAUUCAGCCCGUUUUGUGUGUGCUGUGAAUAAAAUAGCUGAAUGGAUUGUUUAUUAAGUCCUGCAGUGUAAAUGUUACACCUGAAAAAUCAAAAGUAUCUCCUGUUCUCUGUCCUAUCUUCUUACCUGUCUGUGUUCCUCCCUCUCAACUGUCACUUUUCUUUCCUUAUUCUCCUCGGUUUCCUCCUCCUGUCAGUAAAAAAAUGUUCCUCAGUAUUGAUUUAUUUACUGUACAAUGAAAAAGCAGGAUUGUGUGUGAAUAAUCCGUCCAACUGAACCUUCUUCAUAUGUGUGUGUAUCAGAAUUGAUUGAAUGAAGGUGAUCUUUGUGUUGUGUUUGCGGUGCUUUAUAUUUCCAGCGCUGCAUCCAUAUUUCAAACCUGCCAACAGUAUUGUAAAGAGUGAUGCCUGCAACAUGAUAUCAAAGUGUCUGUGAAGCCCUGUGUGGCGUCCACUGAGUCCAACUUUUGAUAGUUUGCUUUGUUUUUACCUUUUUUAUGCAUUACAGUUUCUUUUUUUCACAUCCGAGGUAAAAAAGAAAAACGUGACAUUGUGCCAAUGCAUGUACAGCUGAUUAAAGAUUUCCUUUGUAUCAUUUGAA